GACCUCCCCUUUCAGCCAAGGACAUCAUGGCUGAGCGUAAGGUUCUCUCAAAGUACUACCCGCCGGAUUUUGACCCCUCCGCGAUCGAGCGCUCCUCCAAGCGCUCUCGCAAGGAUGGGAAAAACGAGCCGAAGGUGUCAGCUAGUCGUCUGAUGACACCGUUCUCGAUGAAAUGCACUCACUGUGGCGAGUACAUCCCCAAGGGUCGCAAGUUCAAUGCGCGCAAGGAAACUCUCGAAGAGAGGUACCUGUCGAUUGCAAUUUUCCGCUUCUACAUCCGAUGCACCCGAUGCUCCGGCGAGAUCACCUUCCGCACCGACCCCAAGAACAAUGACUACCAGUGUGAGCGUGGUGCGAAGCGCAACUUCGAAGUCUGGCGCGAUGACAAAGACGAGAAGUACAACGACGAGACUGAGGAGCAGACCCUCGACCGACUCGAGAAGCAGCACGGCGCAAAGGAAGAGCAGCUCGAACGCGACAAGAUGGCCGAACUCGAAGACAAGAUGCUCGACUCCAAGCGCGAGAUGCAAAUCGCCGAUGCACUCGACGAAAUCCGAACCCGCAAUGCCCGCAUCGAGCGCAACGAGACUCGUGGCGACGAGGCUGCUGUGGCUACUGCUCAGGAAAAGAUCGACGAGGAGGCCCUUCGACUCGCGAAGGAGGAGGAGGAGGACAGAGAGGCUCUUCGCCAGGAGUUCAGGGCCAAGAAGCUUGCCGUACAGAAGGCAAAGCUGGAAGCAGAGCUGGCAGCGCCCCUCCCUCAGUCGUAUCCUUUUGAGUGGUUCAAGCGCCGCAAGCUCCCUCGUCGUCGCCCUGCCGGUCCGCUCGGUCUCAAGGCUCCCGGUACCACGAUGAAGCCCAAGGAGAAUCCAAGCGAGGAAUAAGGUUCAACGCAUUAACGCCAUUUUUUUCUGUCAUGGGAACGGAGUUCAAGCGAGCAUUUACGGGAUCAUGAUUUGACCACUGGAACCAACAUUGUACCACUGGAUCAGGCGUUAUCAGGUUACGGGAUGGAAAUUGACAGAUAGCAAUUCAAAUCGAACCAUUA